CGGGGACAACUGCGGGGACAGUCGUGACCUGCGUCAAAAUCUUGUCCACCGCAUCCGACAGACACCCAAAGAAUCAGGCCCGGUGCCAAGACCAGUGUUUCUCAUCAGCCAAGAUCUAGCAGAACAACCGAUUGGCGAGAACAGAUGGCGCCCACAGUAGACGCCGAGGUCAAGGAGGUGCUGACUGAUGCCGUAAAGGCCCUUGACAAGGAACUGCGCGACAUCAACCACAAGAUUCACAGCAAUCCAGAACUCGGCUAUGCUGAGCACAAGGCACACGACAACAUCGUCGCCCUCCUCCAGAGCCAAGAGUUCAAGGUCACUCCCCACGCCUACGGCCUCGAGACCUCCUUUGAGGCCGAGUAUGGCUCCGGCGGGCGCCUCGUCGUCUUCAACGUCGAGUACGACGCCCUCCCCGGCAUCGGGCACGCCUGCGGGCACAACAUCAUCGCCACAGGCUCGCUAGCAGGGUUCUUCGCCACCGUGGCACUGCUCAAACAUUUCAAGAUACCCGGCCGCGUGCGCGCGCUAGGCACGCCCGCAGAGGAAGGAGGCGGCGGCAAGAUCAAGCUCAUCGAUGCAGGGGCCUUUGAGGACGUUGACGCGUGCCUGAUGACGCACCCGAUGGCGGGCAUGAUGUACAGCACGACCGAGGAGCACGCGCACGGGAUCCCGUAUGGCACUUCGGUCGCCAGUGCCAAGUUCAAGGCCACCUUCACGGGCCGGACGGCGCACGCGGCCGCCGCGCCACAGGACGGAAUCAAUGCCCUCGAUGCGGCAGUGCUGGCUUACAACGGCAUCAGCAUGCUCCGGCAGCAAAUCCUGCCAUAUGAGCGGAUCCACGGGAUUAUCAUGGAGGGCGGGGAGAAGGCCAAUGUCAUCCCUUCGCGGGCCAAGCUGGACUACAACGUGCGCAGCCGGACGAUCAAGGAGACCAAGAAGCUACAGGCUCGCGUGGAGAAGUGCUUCGAGGGAGCCGCAGUGGCGACCGGGUGUGAACUUUCAUUUGAGCAGACAAACACCUAUGCCGAAGUCGUCCCCAACCGGGCCCUCUGCAGAGUCUACUCGGAGUUCCUGGCCGACAUUGGCUUGCCGCAGCUGCCCUUUGACGACCGCGAAGGAGCGAUCCCGCACCCAGGAUCCUUCUCUACAGACCAGGGCAAUGUCACGCAGGUCUGCCCAGGCUUCCACCCUGUGUAUCGCAUCCCGUCCGAGAACGGCGCGGCCAACCACACCAAGGAGUUCACGGCGGCCGCCAUCACGGACCAGGCGUAUGAUCUUACCAUCGCCACAGCCAAGGGUAUGGCGGCAACUGCGUGGAAGGUGCUGUCUGAUGAGGAUUUUGCCGGGGUGGUGAAGGCUGAGUUUGAGCAGCAGCAGGCUGCGAGAGCAUAAGGGUUGCUCCUAAACGAACACCUGGUCUCGAACCAAGAUGGAGUCUACAUAGAGACAGUUCAAUGUUAAGCACCUGACCAGUCCGGCUCUUCGCUGAGAG